ACCCCAUCUCACUCCUCGUGCUGAAACCUACCAAUCAGAGUAGGGGCAGGUCUUUACAGAAUACGUUUGGGGAACAAAAUCAAGCUUUUUAAAAGGCGAGUGGAUUUUGGCAGGCAGUGAGUGCGGACCAACGAUUGAAUGAUAAAAAGAACGGCUCUCACCAAGUACGACUUGGUUCCCCUCGUUCGUACCAAAGCGCCGUUCAAAAUAAUCGGCUCGUUCGCGACCGACACAUCACUACUGACACAGCAUGGCUUUAAUAACCAAUCGUAUUGUUUUGUUUCAAGGAGCUAACGUUCAGUUAAAUGUUCAGUUGGUUACUUAUCACAUUAGCACAAUAACUUUUUAAAGUCUCUUAGCCUCCUUCGGCGCUCAUAAUUCUAUUUGCAAGAUGUUCUCUACGCAAAAAGGAAAACAACCAAUCAGAGGCAUGUGUAACCCGGUAAAACUGUCAAACUAUGCAGCAGUGAUCAAAUAUGGACAAUUAUUCAGUAACUGUAUUGUCUGUCUGCCUCAACUGAUUGCUUAAACAGCUAAUUGUGUAGGCCUUUUUUUCAUUAUUACAUAAACAGGAAAUACAGACUGUAAAAGGAGGCGCUGUGUCGGAUUUGAACCUUUUCUCCUGCAGUGAGGACUUACAGGUUACAUGGUAUAAUUGUUACAAAUAAUCUGUGUAAGAAAACGCAGGUAAUGGGACACUCGGGUAGCCCACCUGUAGCUUUUCUUUCCACAGAUCAUACACUGCUAUCAAGUUAUAGGUUAUGAUAGUUUGAGGGACUAUGUUGCCAUCUUAACCUUUAACAAGCCAAUUUGAAAAAGGCAUCUACACAUUUAAAUGCACUUUUUUUUUUAUUAAACGUGGUGCUACUAUUUUACAUUUUUGGUAUUCUCUGUGCUUCUCAAUGCAGUUUUCACAAACAGAGGGCUAUCGACCCGCCUCUCUCCAGCUCAUCAAGGAAGCUUUGAAGAUGGAAACGCCCAGCCGGAAGCGGCACACGGGCUCCAGAGCCACGAGCGAAGGAGAACUGUCCGAUCGCCCCCCGACCCUUCAUUCAGGAGAGAGGGAUGAGGAGGACUGGGAGGAGGACUCAGCAGAGCCGUCGGAGGGGGGCAUGACCAUGGAUGAGCUGAGGGGUCUUGAAUCGGCACUGAGGGCCGAGAGGGGCCGCGAACAGGCGGCCAUGACAGCCUCCCAGCCUGUCAGCCCCAAAUCAGAGGUGGUGCAAGGCAGCGAAGACAGCCUGGCCCCGAAGUUCAUUGGUCUCGAUGGAUUGGAGCACGACGAAGAGCUUGAGCCACCGACUCUGCAGAGAGAGGAGCAGAUAGGACCAGGCAGGUUGAAGGACGCUGUGAGGGCCGGGGGGGAGCUGAGGUGGCCCAAUAAGCUGAAGGAGGAGGCUGCGGUCCUGACUGAGCAGGAUGUGGUGGAGGAGGGACAGUCAGAGCACCUGCCCCACCUGUCUGCUUCAGGGAGUGUCGGUGAGAGUGGAGAAGAGGAGGGGGGUGAAGACUUGCUCCACUUCUGCACACAGUGUGGUGGAGGCUUCACCUCCGAGGCGGAGCUGGAGGAGCACCCGUGUCCACUGGGAGCUUCUCCUUCACACAGCGGGAAAGAAGUGUUCCCGUGUGCCCAUUGUGGCAACGCGUUCAGCCACGACUGGGCUCUCAAGAACCACGAGUGCGCCUGUGCCGCCGAGAGGCCGCACUGCUGUGAGAUCUGCGGGAAGCGCUUCACGCACUCGCGCUCACUGGAGCGACAUCAAGUGGUGCACACAGGUGAGAGGCCGCACCGGUGCCAGCAGUGUGGACGCAGCUUCAGCCGGCUGGGAAACUUGGAGCGCCACCAGCGGAUCCACACAGGAGAGCGUCCAUACGGCUGUGAAGCGUGCGGAAAGCGCUUCAGUCGUGUGGAGUACUUAAAGAGACACCAACUCAUACACACUAGUGAAAAGAUGACACUCCAGUGCUCCAACUGUGCAAGUGGCUUUAGUGAUGCGGAGCAACUGAAAAACCACCAGUGUUUUUAAGAGGCUCUUCCUGAAAUAUAUGACAGAACUGGAUGGAUAAAAGCAGGUUUUUAAUUGAAUAUUGUAGAGGUUCAAGGGAUGAAUGUGUCUGGUGGAUGCUAGUUUUAUUCUAAGUGAUUUGCAUUGACUUGAUUGAAUUACCUUUUAAGAUAAAGAAGCAGAUACAUGUGUGUAUGAUUUUUGUUGUGCAAGUGAAAAAAGCAAAUGUCCAAAGUUGACAGGAAGUCAGUUGUACAUGGUGUUUUCUUGAAAAAAAAAAGUCUCAGCCAUUUCAAUUUGAGGUGAUCUCAUUCGUAUGUACAAAGCUCGUACUUAUUUAUGAUAAUCAAUAAAUUGCACUUUUAUUUCUUUUUAUCAGUUACUUGUGUUGCCGCUGAUGCCCUUGUUAUUUGCCGGACAAGUUAAUUGACAGCUUGGUAUUUUGUAUGUUUUGUGUUGGUAAUAUUAUUAAGAAAUAAAUAUUUAA